AUGACGCGCUCUAUACCACCUGUCUCUGGAAGUAGUACAGGACCUGUCAUUGCAGACGCCGCACGAGCAGUUCACAUGGCGACCACCACCGUUAAAGUUGAUGGAAUGACAUGCGGCGCCUGUACAUCAGCGGUAGAAUCAGCAUUCCAGGGCAUCAGCGGCGCUGGAGAUGUGUCUGUCAGCUUGAUGAUGGGGAGAGCAGUGGUACAACAUGAUCUAGACGUCUUGUCAGCUGAGAAAGUUGCAGAGUUGAUCGAGGAUCGUGGUUUUGAUGCAGAGGUUUUGAGUACGGAUAUACCACAGAAAACAGAUGAUAGCCAAAGGAAACCUUCGAAACCCCCACAAUGUACAACGACGCUCUCCGUCCAGGGAAUGACGUGUGGUGCUUGUACAUCCGCCGUGGAGGGAGGAUUUACGGGUGUAUCAGGAGUCGAAUCAGCUACAGUAUCUCUACUAUCAGAAAGGGCUGUCGUAGUCCAUGAUCCUUCUGUAAUAACUGCUGCGCAGAUCACAGAGAUCAUCGAGGACAGAGGAUUUGAUGCAAGUGUCAUAGAAUCAAAAACUUCCGAUUCAGAUUCCCCAGGAAGCACACCACCAAGAAAGCUGUCUGCACAGAUGAAGACUACAAUUUCUAUUGAAGGGAUGACGUGCGGCGCCUGUACUUCUGCUGUGGAUAACGCCGUUACAGGACUUCCGGGCCUGAUCCGUUUUAAUAUAAGUCUGCUAGCGGAGCGUGCUGUCAUUGUUCAUGACCCGUCCGUUCUUCCCACAUCUAAGAUCUCGGAGUGUAUCGAGGAUGCCGGAUUUGAUGUCCGAGUUCUCAUCUCUGAGCCAGACACUUCCAUUCACACCACGUCUUCUACGUCUCUCAACUUGAACCUCUAUGGAGUGCCUGACGCAGCCUCAGCAGCUGCGUUAGAGGGCGCUCUUAUUAAAACCCCAGGGAUCCUGUCAGCUAGCGUUCGGCUGUCAAAUUCACAGGCAUCCGUGUCAUUCAACCCGUCUCAAAUAGGAAUUCGAUCCGUGAUCAAAGUGUUCGAAGACGCUGGCUACAAUGCCCUCCUUAUGGAAUCCGAUGAUAACAAUGCUCAACUUGAAUCUCUUGCGAAGACCAGGGAGAUUCAGGAGUGGAGAAAGGCAUUUAUUAUUUCAUUAUCAUUUGCCAUUCCCGUCAUGCUAAUAAGCAUGAUCUUCCCCAUGUAUCUACACUUUCUCGACUUCGGUAGCGUGGAGCUCAUUCCUGGGCUGUUCCUUGGAGAUGUCGCCUGUAUGGCCCUUACAAUACCUGUCCAGUUUGGAAUCGGCCUCCGAUUUUAUCGCGCUGCUUUCAAAUCGUUAAGGCAUCGUGCUCCAACCAUGGAUGUCCUAAUUAUGCUUAGCACCUCUCUUGCCUUCUCCUUCAGCAUAUUAGCGAUUCUCGUCUCCGUGCUUCUACCGCCACAUACCAAACCAAGCACCGUCUUUGAGACCAGCACAAUGCUCAUAACUUUCAUCACGCUAGGGCGAUGGCUGGAAAACCGAGCCAAAGGGCAAACAUCACGCGCCCUCUCGCGACUCAUGUCUCUUACUCCCUCCAUGGCAACGAUUUAUGAUGACCCUGUUGCUGCUGAAAAGGCUGCUGAAGGCUGGAAGAAAAUAACUACUUCAAGCUCCGCGGACAAGCCCGAAUCCACUGCAGCAGCUGUCCAAACGGCGCAAAAGGUCAUCCCCACCGAGCUUAUUCAAGUUGGUGAUAUUGUGUGCAUCCGACCCGGUGAUAAAAUUGCCGCGGACGGUGUCGUUAUUCGCGGUGAAAUGUACGUCGACGAGAGCAUGGUAACAGGUGAAGCUAUUCCCAUUAACAAAACUACGGGGCACCAUGUAAUUGCCGGUACAGUCAACGGCACCGGAUGGGCAGAUUUCCGUGUAACAAGGGCUGGCAGAGAUACACAGCUCAGCCAGAUUGUUAAGCUGGUUCAGGAAGCACAGACUAAUCGCGCUCCUAUUCAGAGAAUGGCGGAUACCGUUGCCGGAUAUUUUGUUCCCACCAUUAUCACAUUGGGCUUCGUCACCUUUAUCGGAUGGAUGAUUCUAAGCCAUCUCCUCCCUCACCCGCCAAAGAUCUUCCUUGUUGAAGGCAGUGGAGGAACACUGAUGGUCUGCCUGAAGAUCUGUAUAUCCGUUAUUGUUUUCGCAUGCCCCUGUGCUCUUGGUCUCAGCACUCCAACUGCAGUUAUGGUCGGUACCGGUGUCGGUGCUGAACACGGCAUCUUGGUUAAAGGCGGUGCAGCGCUGGAAGCUGCUACCAAAAUCAAGCAUGUUAUAUUCGACAAGACUGGAACCAUUACUAUGGGCAAAACAAAUGUCGCAGAGGCUAGAAUGGAACAUACGUGGUCUACAAACGAAUGGCAACGCCGACUAUGGUGGGUAAUUGUAGGCCUAACGGAAAUGACUAGUGAACACCCAAUCGGGAAAACCAUAGUUUCAAAAGCCAAGUCUGAAUCAGGUAUAUCAGACGACGACCCCCUCGAUGGUGCUGUGGUCGACUUUGAAGCCAACGUUGGUAAAGGGGUUUCCGCCACUGUUGAGCCCUCGUCCGGCUCCGAACACCUACGAUAUAGCGCUCACGUCGGAAAUGCAGUUUUCAUUCGCUCGAAGGGAAUCAAGAUACCUGAUUCUGCGGAUCAAGAUCUCCAAAAACCAAGAAUGAAAUCAGAUGCUUUGAAAACCGCAACAGUCAUCCAUGUUGCUAUUAGCGGCCAGUAUGCUGGUACACUCUGGCUGCAAGAUUCUAUCAAGCCCUCUGCAAAGGCCGCUGUUGCAGCCCUGCACCGCAUGGGCCUGACGACUUCCCUUGUGACUGGAGACACGUAUAACACCGCACUCGCCGUUGCAAAUGAGGUUGGCAUACCCUCAAACGCCAUCCACGCUUCAGUCGGCCCUCUAGAAAAACAGUCGAUAAUAAAUGAACUUCAAACAUCCGAGUACCCUAUUGCCAUGGUUGGAGAUGGCAUCAACGACUCACCUGCUCUGGCAACCGCUUCAGUUGGAAUUGCACUCUCUUCUGGUACAGAGGUCGCUAUGGAAGCAGCCGACAUUGUUCUAAUGAGGCCAGAGGAUCUACUCUCCGUCCCCGAAAGUCUCUGUCUAUCGAGAUCCAUCUUUAACCGUAUCAAGCUCAACCUUCUCUGGGCGUGCGUAUACAACGCUAUAGGAAUACCAUUUGCAAUGGGGCUAUUCCUACCCUUUGGUGGGGUCUCACUUCACCCCAUGGCUGCUGGGGCUGCCAUGGCAGCCUCAAGUGUCAGUGUAGUUGUUAGCAGCCUCCUCCUCAAGUUCUGGGCACGACCGCGCUGGCUCAAGAUUGAACGCCUGGAAAGAGAAGUUGAUGAGGGCUUGAUAGACUCUACAGGCCAGGCCUACCGGAAAGGCGGGAAAUGGUGGAAGAAGUCUCCCUUCGCAUCGCCAAUAUCCUCCACAAAGAAUAGCUGGGCCGGUGCCUUUGGAUUUAUGUCUCGAAUUAUGGGCAAGCGAAGCCAUACUACAGAGGAAGACGGCUGUGUCGAAAUCACAGUCAUGGUUAUUACAUCUUCAUUUCAAACAGGCUACUGA